AUGCAACAGGAAACCGAGGUUUCAGGUGAAGAGGGUGAUGGAUUGUCGGUAGUAGUUAAUAGCGGAGAAGGUUUUUCAGCUGAUGGGUUUCUUUGUCGGAUGUCAUUAGUUUUUGGUGGUGUCCGACAAGGUGGUGAUUCUGGCGGUAGGUUGUGGGUGAAAGAAGACGAGAAAAGCGAGUUGCUUUGUUUUCUUGAUUGGUGGAAGACGGCUCUCGUUUCACAGAAGUGUCCGAUGUCCGGGAAAAGUCAGGAUUGGAUGAAAACUUUGGACGUGACCGAGGAGGAAGUCGGGUGUCCGGGAAAGGUCUUGAAUCGAGAUGAAAAGAGGGUGAUUAAAGGCUGUUGUGAACAACGGAUUAAAGGGGUGAUUGUUGAGUUAAUCGGUUGGUUCAACGGGUCAUGGGUCGGAUCUAGUUAA